AUGCUCCAUAUCAUUCAUUCAUUCCUUCUCAUUCUAUUCGUUUCGCUAUUCACUGAAGUUGAAUUGAAAGAAAAAGGAAAUCCAAAAGGUGGAGGAUUGACUGCGAAACAACCGAAUCUGAAAUUACUAGAAUGUUUUGAAUUCAAGAAAAAUUAUUGGAUUGUUGGACAUGCGUUUCAUACUUCAUCAGUUCAGUUCAAAGAUGAAUGCCUUCGAAUGUGUCUAACUUCAUCAAUACGAAAAGCGAAAUGUCUUUCAGCAAUGCAUGUUCCGAACGAUGAUGAAUGUGUAACUAAACCGGAUCUCUUCAUUGAAAAUGAUACUCCUGGCUCAUUCACUGUCAAUUUCUUCCGUAAUAUUUGUGUAGAUCCACCAGAUUCAGAAGGUGCAAACAGAUUCGAAGCACGCCUUCAAGGAUAUAAAGGAGGGGAAGGAAUCAUCGAAUUCGCGCAAUCGUCUGGAAGAAAUACUCAAGUUAUGGUUGUAAUCUCAGGACUAAAAGAGAAUUCUCUCUACGAGAUCAGUUUACUUCUUGGAUCGAAUGAAAAAGGAGGCAAAUGUCAUCAGAAAUCAAGAGUUAAUGGAGAAGGAAAAACGAUAAUGACAGUGGAAACUGAUCAUACUGGGAUGGCAGUUGAACCGUGGUUUAAUGUGGAUUUUGAUGUUUUUGAUGAGAAUUUUGUGAGCAAGACAGUGGUCGUCGUUGAAAAAUCAACUCAAACAAUCGUGGACUGUGGCUCGAUUCGACUGGCCACGUCUUCAACUAAUUCAUCUUCAACUCAAGUUUCUUCAUCUAAAAACUCAGUUUUUCUCUUCUCAACGGGUCUUUCAGUUAUCUUUUUUGUCUUUCUUCUUUUAUAA